GCCGAGUUCAAGUGAAAUGUCUGACACUGUGUCUUCAUCAAAGAAACACUCGCGCCCAGUUCCCCAGAACGUGAAAGUCAGAAAACAAGGUAGCGAUACGACUUCUGCGCGGGAUUCGCACGGUCAAAGAAAACAAGAAGACCUGACUUCAAGGAAACUAGAUGGGAGAGCUUUUGGAGCCGUAUCAGCGCCAAUAAAGACAAAUCCAUCAGCAAACGAACCAGCUUACAGACGCGCAGAGAUGAUCUUGCAAUCUCUUGCACAAACUGGACAGCAACUCACCAAGAAAAACGGAGAAAUCGAACACUUGUUGAAAGAACAAGACAGAAGGAUCAAAAAGUGCCGCAAAAAUGAAGACAACAUACAUCCAUUGCUGUCAUGAGUACUACAACAUGAACGUUGGGACUUUGGUGAUGCCAUAAUCCUGCGAGGAAGAUCUAUUGGAGAAAGGGUGGAGUGAGGGAGCUCCUACCCUCCAACCCCUACUCGAGCUCCUACCCUCCACUCCACCCCUCCUUCAACUGAGCUUGCUAGAAGGCUAAAAUGUUCUCUGUUUUUAAAUUUCACAAUUUUCUUCCCCAAACGAGAGGACGACAUAAAUUGCAUGUUUUGCUGUUUUUAGAACUGUGACGUAGGUAAAAGACAUGGAACUCGUUACUCGGCUUUGACUGUUCGUCGCAUAUUUAUUUACGAAUUAUAAAAUUCCAGAGAGAAGAGUGAAUAAAACCCUGAAUGCCGUUAUUACAAAAAAUAUAUAUACAUGCGGAUAUAUUGCCAUUUAUACUUCCCUCCGUGUUAUCCUUGAUUCCUCUAUCAUGGUCUUUCUUUUGACCAAUUUCCCAUUCACGAUUGUCUCAAUCCAGUGUGUCACCUGGUGGUCAUAUAAGGUCACUGAAAUCAUUUACAGUUGAGAUAGUAAGACUGUCAAAAGCACAAAAACGACUGACUGACACCUUUAAAAUAUUCCCUUAGAUUUAAUCGGCCGGUUCACUCUCUUUACAAUUUUAAACUUUCUAUUUUCCCUGCGAUCUGCACGUCAUUUAAAGAUAUUUAAUAAAAACAUGACAUGUACAAUUAUGUAGAAGGAAUAGCUUAAUAUUUUCUUGAUAUCUAAUUUGUCUUGGAAACACCCUUCUGUAAAAGUCUCCAGUAACUCUAGUGACAAAUGACACUUAAUUAAUCUACACACUAAGCUAGUGUGUAAGCUAGUGUUCUUUCUAGUGAGGCCUUAAACUACUGUAUUUAAACUACUGUCAUUGUUCUCCGUUUUCGCUCAUCUGUAAGCCAUCAUGCCUUGCGAGACCAUUUGAUCAUGGUUAGUGGAACCAUGCGAUUCGGCCACCUUGUAUUCUCUCAGAUUAAAGCUUAAUAAACGUUACUGGCCAUGAGGACUAUUACAUGAUGUCAGAAGUGGGAUGGCAUCAUCAGGGAUGGAGAAUAUUCCGCUGCUGAACUAUAUAUAGUAAGACGGGUUUAAGGUGUGAUGCAACGACUCGACUAAAUAUAGCAAUUUAAGGCCUCGCUCGAACAAGAACACAAGGUAAUCCAACAUGCUUCUGAAGGACAACAAUCAACGCUAAACUACUGUGUGUUUCAUAGUUAUGCGCUAUUCGCACUCAGAACAUAUAUAUUUCUUUCAGUUUGUAAAGUUACAAUACCUACAUUAAUUUUCUAAA